AACCCCGGGAUAGUUUGCUGCUGUUGGUCGGCCAACUAAAAACUGGUGGGAAAGAUGACAGCGUGACGCCUCAGCUAAAGGAGCAGCAGCGGUGAUCCAUCCAUGUCCAAGAGUCCCCAUGGAUGACCUGACCCAAGCUCUCUCGGCCAGCUUUGCUGUGUCCAAGGAGCCCAACAGUACAGCUGCCCCCCACCCUCGGCUGGCCCAGUACAAGAGCAAGUACAGCAUCCUUGAGCAGAGUGAGCGGCGCAGGCGCUUCCUUGACUUACAAAAAAGUAAAAGGUUAAACUAUGUCAACCAUGCGCGGCGUCUGGCUGAUGGGGACUGGACUGGAGCAGACAGUGAUGGGGAGGAGAACAUGGAGAAACUGGAGGAGGGGGAACAGGAGCAAAAUGGUACUUCAGAGGAAGAGGGGAUGGAGAUUGAGAGGAGGAAGCUGCCAAAACAUUAUGCUAACCAGAUCAUGUUGUCAGAGUGGCUGGUGGAUGUGCCAUCAGAGCUGGACACUGAUUGGCUGAUGGUUGUCUGUCCUGUGGGGAAAAGAUCUCUCAUUGUUGCCUCUAAGGGUUCCACUGCGGCGUACACUAAAAGUGGCUACUGUGUGAACCGUUUCCCCUCCCUGCUGCCUGGUGGGAACCGACACAACUCUGCCAUGGGGAAAGACUACACAAUCUUGGACUGCAUAUACAGCGAAGUGGACAGAACAUACUACAUCCUGGACGUCAUGUGCUGGAGAGGCCACCCGGUCUACGAUUGCCCAACCGAGUUCCGUUUCUACUGGCUUCAAUCUAAAGUCCAGGAGACAGACGACCUAUCAGAGAUCGCCAAACGCAACCCUUUCCGGUUUGUGAGCCUCCAAAGCACAGACUGCACGACCGAAUCCAUUCAGAAAGCCCUGGCAGCUGAGUACAGCUACAACGUGGACGGUCUCCUCUUUUACCACCGACAGACCCACUACACUCCUGGCAGCACCCCACUAGUUGGUUGGCUUCGCCCCUACAUGGUCACUGACAUCCUGGGUAUAGAGGUCCCUGCAGGACCCCUCACCACAAAGCCUGAAUAUGCAAGCCACCAGCUACAGCAGAUCCGGGAACACAAGAAAACAUCGAGUGAAGUCCGCCCAGCCAACAGGAGCGGUGGCUACGAGUUAGAGUACCUGUCGACGCCCAGCCAGGACGGCGGCGAUUCUCCGAACUUUCAAAAGCCAAUAAGAGAAGCCAACAUGGAGGUCUAAGUGGGAGGCUUAAGAGAGAGCUAUGCUGCAUGUGUUUUUAUCUUUGGCUAAAAGAUUGACAUCGUUUCUUACCUGCUGCAGAUAUGGUCACCAGUGGCAAUUAAGAAUAAGAGCUCCCAGCAGUUAAAUAUUUGAUCAAGUGUUGUUUUGCUGCUCUGCACUUGGUCAUCUUUAAUCUGAUCUCACAUACAGAAAGAACAUGUUGUCUCUUUAUUAUGAGCAGCAUUAGUCUGAGCCGCUGUGAUGGAUUAUUGAGGAUUCACUUUUGUUAGGUGAGAUGAGCCGACUGUUCAGACCAGUGUUGUGUUCUGAUCUUGCUAAACAGCAGUAGUGAUUUUUUUUAAAAAUAAAACAAAUAAAAGUAAUGUAGUAUGUUUAAAACUGUUGAGAAGGUGUUUUAACAUGUUUAUUUCUAAAUAAAAAACUUUUUAUCAGACAAUA